AUGCUUAAGCACUUGUCAACUUGCCAUCAGAUUUUCGAAAAAUCAGGUGGAUCUAAGAGAUUCAACGUCGAAAGUACUGCUACUGCUGAAUGCAGCAGUCGCCAACCUACCAUCGUCGAAGCCUUGUCAAAACGUAAAUUGUAUGACAAUUCACACCCCGUUUCUCGAUGCUUAACAUCAAAAAUUGGCGAGAUGAUCGCUCUAGAUUUUAUGCCGUAUUCGAUGGUGGAAAAUGUGGGUUUUUUGCGGCUUAUGGAAGAACUGAAUGCUAGAUACACUAUUCCGUCUCGAAAAUAUUUUUCCAACACCGUUGUACCAGGAAUAUAUGAUAAAGUGACAUAUAAUAUAGAGGAAUUGUUGAAUAGUGCCGGUGGACCCAUAUGUGCUACAACAGAUGAAUGGACAAGUCUUCAAAUUGAUUCAUUCAUGAGUAUAACCUCCAAUUUUCUUAUCUGGAACAAGAGUGAUUUACACCGGGUUACGCCCGUUCUUUCCUGUUCUGAGCUCGUGAGCUCCCAAACUUCAGGAUUGCUGCUGUCAGAAAUACGAAGACAAGAAAGUGAGUGGGGCGUAUCGUUUGCUACUAGAACAUCCGACAAUGCCUCGAAUGUGAUCAAGGCAAAAAAUGACGGGGAGAUUUUUAAUAUGGCACACACUUUAAACUUAAUCGUUCACGACGCUAUCAAAUCGAACAUUGAUGUAAAAGAAAUCGUGACUGAUGCCCGCUCUAUAAUUGCCCACUAUAACCGCUCAUCUCGCGACGCCCGGGCACUCAGGGAAUGUCAGAAAAGGCUGAAUGCACCAGAACAUAAAUUGCAACAGGACGUGAGUACCAGAUAG